AGGUAUGCAGUUGCAUGUGAGCGUUUUAACCAGCAGCAAGUUGAAAAUGACUCCUCGACGAAGCUUUCUCGUUGCUUUAUCAAUUCUCCUUGUGGGGAAUGAAGCCCUCGGGAGAACUCUUCAAGGCAGGAGCGGUUACGAUCUGAGUAAUGGUCCAGUCACGUACGAGGCUUAUUAUCCGGACGAUGCUCAACCCUUGGAAAAAACUUAUCAAACCCCUUACCCAGUCGACAACGAUCCCCUCAAAGAUAAUAAUGCACCCUGGAGGGAAUCACCCCCGGUGUACGUCAAUCAAUACCGCCGAGAGCAGACGCCACACACCGAUUUAGAGGCCAUUCUCAAGAUGCUGAUUGACGCAAUCAGAAACGAGAGAAUCGCCCCGAGGCAAGUUAUCCCCCAAUUUUAUCAUAAAGACGUGCCCGAGGGGGAGAAUAUUUUUAAAUCCCGACCGCAAGUCAUCAACUACCUCGUCACCAGGGAUGAUGAGGUGCCCCAGGUCGACGCCAUUGAGGUCAGCGGAAAACCUCAUAAAGUUCGACACCAUCACGGCGAAAUUUUACGACACAAUUUGGAGACUGAUAAAUAAUUUUUAUUGUUUAUUUCAAAUAUUCAAAGAAAUGAAUAAUUCCGAAUAAUUGUUUAUUACAUUCAACUCGUUGAACAUUUUUCUUACAUUAAUUCAAGAUUAACAAUAAAACACUUUACACUCUAUACAUAAUUUAUAUUAAUUUCUCUACAGGAGGCCUCGUUGAAUUUAAUUAUGAAUUCAUAUAAUUUAAGGUACUAAUUCACGCGCUCUAUUUACACCCAGUGUUCAAUACCUAGGGAAAUUGAGAUUUCGGGUUGAAAACCGAGGCCUUCCCUUAAUCCACUAAUUAAUAAUCUAUUAACACUACAUCAAUCGUUGAAAUAAUUCCAAAAGGCAAUCAAUCGGGGCAUUGGACUCUAAAUAUUAUUUGUUUCAGUUGAAAAUUUCGUAUUCUCAUUUCAGUAAAAAGAAAUCGAAUUUCAAGUAAAAAAAAAUCAUCUGCAUCGUAUCCAAUUUGAAUUGAUAGACAAACUAUUUUUUUAUGGAUAAAAAAACAGAAUAAAAAUCGACAGGGUUCGGAAUUUCCCCAAAAAAAAAAAUGUUUUCAAUGAUUUAAAUACUCUUAAUGCAAUUACUUAUCAUCGAACCUAUAUCUAUUGGAACACAACUUUAUUUGGUGAAUAAUCUCAGUUUUACCCUCUAACACGACGAACUGAAUUAAUUAGAUUGCUCUACCCUGCGUCACGGAAUCCAGAAAAAAAAACUGGAGUAAAAAUUUUCAAUAUAAAUGAAUAUUUAAUCAAGAACAAUAA